AUGUCCCGCCAACUGUAUGUCUUUGGCAGCAAUGGCGAAGGCCAGCUCGGUAUACCAGCUGCAGACAUCGUCGAUACCCCAACCUUAGUACCAGACCCUUUGCCACUCGAGGACCUGGUAUCCAUCCACUCAGGAGACAACCAUACCCUUUUGCAGAUCUCCAACACCACCCUCUACGGAACAGGCUCCAAUCGCAAAGGCCAAAUAGCGCCGCACCAGGUGCUCAACAACAGCCACCGACUGGAGCGAUUCGAACGACUCCAGUCAGGUGGGAAUUUGGUAGCAGCUACAUGCGAAUCCUCUGCCAUUGUACUCGUUCCCCGCAAGAAGCCAGACUUCAUUCUUGCCAUGGAAGAGUCGCUUGGUGAAACAUACUCCACGGUGCCGUUUGGGCCGUCGACACCCGCGCCUUUUCAACCAUUCACUUGGAUCUGUACGCUGGGUUACAGUCACUGGGGUGAGCUCGGUCGUGGGGAUCAGAUUUCAAGUACGGCUGACGUCCCGCUGGGGCCUGAUGCACUGAGGAAAACCCUUCCUGGUGCUGCGAUCGACUUUGCCGCGGGAGCGUGGCAUUAUGUUAUGAUUUUCGAAGACGGCACCGUCUAUGGCUGGGGCAAGGCUCGUCUGGGUCAACUCGGGGAUGCACUCGACGGCAAAGUCACUGAACCCACAAAAAUCCAAGGCAUUCCGUUUAAGCCCAGGAAAGUGGUAUGCGGCAAGGACUUUAGCUAUCUAGUAGGCGACCCAUCCACCGGCGAACACAUCGUCCUCGGCAAAGACAAAUUCAGCAUCAUCUCCAACAAGCCCGAAACCGUCAAGGGAUGGAAAGACGUCGGUGCAACCUGGCACGCCAUCGUCGUCCUGCUAACCGACGGCACGCUCCUCGCCUGGGGCAAGGAAAAUAUGUGGCAACUCCUUCCACCUAGUCUGCCUCUCAUCGACAAAAUAGCAGUCGGCUCAGACCAUGUUCUCGCUUUGACGACCGACGGGAAACUCAUCUCUUGGGGGUGGGGCAAGCAUGGCAACUGUGGCAAUCUAUCCAGUAUCGGACGUGAAGUGAAGAACGACAUGCUCAGUGGGUUCUGGAAUGAACUCGAGAUAGCAGGCCGGAUCGAAAUGAUUGCAGCUGGGUAUUGCACGAGUUUUGUGAUUACGCGGCGGGGGGAAGGAGAUGAGGAGAUCAAAGGUGAAGGACAAUGA